CCCUUGAACUGUACACCCAACUGUGAUUCAUUUCGUCUUCUUUACGUAAAAAGGGGCGUAAUAAUUUUACGCAGAAUGAGCCGACCCGGCCGGUGAGACAAGCAGUCCCGUGCCGGGUGUCACAUGGUGCGUAGCAAGCAAGCAUAGGCUAUCCUGUCUGGAAUUUUAUUACUUCACGACGCUCAUUAUACGAGAAACAUAUGUAGGCUACAUUGUGUCGUCGACAAGUCUUAUGAGCCCUUUCCUUUGGAAUCCGGAAGAAAACAUAUCUGUGAUGCUGCGGAGAUGUUCGGAUAGAUGAGACAGCGGUGUCAUUUGUUACAUUUAGCUUAAAUUAACCAAAGUAGGCUAUUAUAUUUUGCUCAAUUUGCCAACACCACAUUCCAUUCAGUAACUCACUAACUGUAACUAAUAAUGCGACAGACGUUUUUGAAACAUGUCCGUCGGUUUCCAUGGGUCACCAACGUUACACUGUACGGUUGUCUGUUCGCUGGAGGGGACUUCGUCCACCAGUCGUUCUCGCGAGGGGAACAAAUGGACUGGAGACACACACGAAACGUCGCCGUGGUCGCGUUCAGUUUCCAUGGUAACUUCAAUUUCUUCUGGAUGCGGUUCCUGGAGCGGAGGUUUCCCGGGAAUUCCGUCCGGAUGGUGAUAAGGAAGCUGCUCCUGGACCAGACCACAGCGGCACCCCUGGCUACCAGUGUCUUCUACACAGGUGUCAGUAUCUUGGAGGGCAAAGACGACAUCUUUGAAGACUGGAGAGAAAAGUUCCUGAAUACAUAUAAGACGGGGCUAAUGUUCUGGCCAUUUAUGCAGUUUCUGAACUUUGCCUUGGUGCCUCUGUACGUGCGGACUGCCUUCACCGGCUGCUGUGCCUUCGUUUGGGCCACCUUCCUUUGCUUCUCGCGUCAGAACGGCGACGGCACGAUCAGUGCUGCUCUGGCGUGGAUAUUCCCUCCUAAAGAGGAUCAAGCAGAGACGGUGGACUCCAAGGAAAAGAGUGAAUAGUAAACCUACUCCGAUCCAAAGUAUGUAGAAUCAGUGGUUGUGAUAGAGGGCGACAAAACGGGAAAAGCAGCGAUCUUUAGUGGAGAUAGAAGGUUCAGUGGAUUGUAGUCCUGUCUGUGGUUGAUGUUGUACCAUCACUGCCAGGGUUUGAGUUUCAAAGUCACACUGGGGUUAAACAAACAAAAAAGUGCGUUCUCAUGACCUCAUGGUGCUUUGAAACAGCAUCCAACUAAUGGAAUGUAUGUACAAUAUAUUUUUCAGUAUGCAUACAGCACAUGACCUCAGUGGGAAAAUGUAAUUCAGUCCUACAUUUCAAUCCCACAGGGAACCAUCAUGGUGCUAUAUUUGUUGUCAGGUUUUGUUUUUAUAGAUGCAGUCUUGUGUUCUCACAACCAAGAGAGUUCCCUUAAUGUAUUGGACCAUGCUAAAUGAUAUUGGAAUGAUUCAUGAGGAUUUCUUUGUCGGGAAUGGAACCAUAGAAUUAAAAUGUUAUUGAUUUUAUUUCUGUGAUGGGAACGUGUAAACUUUGGUGUUUCACACAUUCCUCUGCUUUACAUCUAAAAACUGAACUAAGACUGCUAAGACUUGUAUCUGCGACUGGAACAGAAUGCCUGAUCUCUUAGGACUUUCUGCUUUGGUUCCUGUUUACACUCUGGUACAAGAAGUGCACGUGCACACAGGGACCAAUAAUCCGUUAUAUAUACAAUCUAUAAAAAAACACCUAAAACCCCCCAAAAAUAUCUAAAAAUAUAUGUUUAAUGUCAUAUUUUCAACCACUGUUUCUUAAUGUUUUGACAAUGAGAUACUACUGAAGAUUACUCUGAGUUUGUAUAUUAAUGAUUGAUGAAUGUUGCCUCAAACAUCCAUUUACUUGAAUGUGGAAAUGCUGCCUGCCUGCUGUCGUACUUUAUGUUAAUGUGAUACUGUGGAGUGCUCUCUAUUAUAUCUCUUAACACAAUUUCCUAAUUUUUCCAAGAUAUUGAUUGCUGUUU